AUCAACUAUCUGGCUUUCACUUGCUUAGUUGCUGAGCUUCUCCUCCGUCCACUUUUCACUUCCUUCUCUCACUUCAAUCACUCACUCACUCGUUUUUAUAACUCGCCGCCGACUCAGUCCCUCCACUGUUUCAUGCCACAGCUUUCCUCCUUUCUGAUUAGCUGACCAUGAAACCAUCUCGACCGUUAAUCACAAGACCCAUCAAACCACCACCACCACCACCACCAUCCUUAUACUUAACCAGAACCUGCAAAUUGAAUCCAAAUGUGAACCGGGUCUUUGAUUCCCGGCCUCUUUGUAGCAAAUUCCCAGUGACCUUGAUGACCAAAAGCUCAAGAAAUGAAGCUCCUUUGCCCGCAUCGACACACUCUUCAUCACCAGUAAUUUCGUCCAACAUGGGGAGGCUAGAAGCUCUAGAGGAGAACAUAGAGAAGGUUAUUUAUCGAUUUCGGUUCAUGGCGCUUCUCGGUGUGUUUGGGUCUUUGAUUGGUUCAUUUCUCUGUUUCAUCAAGGGUUGCAACUUUGUUGCGUCAUCUUUCAUGGAAUAUUUUGUGAAUCGUGGCAAAGUGAUUUUAUUGCUAGUCGAGGCUAUUGAUGUUUAUCUUUUAGGAACUGUAAUGCUGGUGUUUGGGAUGGGUCUCUAUGAGCUCUUUGUAAGCAAUCUUGACAUUGCAAAGUUACUAUCAAAAGAUGAAGUUCAUCACAGAUCAAAUCUCUUUGGCUUAUUCACUCUCAAGGAACGGCCGAGGUGGUUAGAAAUAAAAACAGUGAAUGAAUUGAAAACAAAGCUUGGGCAUGUGAUAGUGAUGCUGCUUCUGAUAGGACUGUUUGAUAAGAGUAAGAAAGCUGUUAUAAAUUCUCCUGUGGAUUUGGUUUGCUUCUCAGCUUCUGUGCUUCUAUGCUCUGGUUGCCUCUUUUUGUUGUCUAAGCUUAAUGGCCCCAAGUGAAAAAAG